AGCCAAUCAGAGCUUCGUCUAUCCGCAUGAAUGGAAAAUAAACAAUUUACCCGAGGGUAGCAGACGAAUAGAUCCCGAGACGACCGACUCCUGGACGCGGGGGGAUCGACAGAGUUUGAUAAUCAGCAGUAGGUAAGGGCUUCAUUUUAUCAGAUGUUUGUGAUUUCUUACAGUGAAUGAUUGUUCGGUUCCUAGCGUGGUGUGGACAAUCCACACACGAUUUAUAUUGAUUGUAAAAUUCUAUUCAAUUUUUUACUCCACGUUGGUUUCUAUCAAAGCAGUAAAGUUCGAAUCAUUAAACACUAUUCAUGCCCCUCUCUCCAGUGUAAAUAAAAUUUUAACUUUUUAUAUUGGUCCAAUGUACGUACGGGUUGUCAGUACACUAUGACGAAAUUACCUGUCUGUACAACACACCUGAAUAAUGUGUAUUUCGUUUACCUUUGUGUCGUACAUGUUUAACUGUGAAGUCUUCACACAGGUAGAUGUAAACAAAGAUAACAUUUCGUAGUGAUAUUACAUUGUGCUGAGAAAAGAAAGGCUUGACCGGAAAGGGCACAGAUCUAGGUAUUUCACGGGAGGUAUCAUAACCUUAAUAAGACACGGGGUUAUGAUUGUACACUCUUUCUCAAACUGGGUUCCAGGACGUCCUUGAAAAAUGAAACAACUUGAUAUCUUCUAAUUUUUCAGAGUGACUAAAUCUAAUCACAAUGAAAACUAAAAUAGAUCUGAACUCUUUGAUUCUAUACAUUUAAUUAUAUACAGACAUUUAAUUAUGUACAUUUCGUGAACUCUACUCUACUUCUGUAUAAUUAUAUAUACUGGAUAUAACAUCCUUCUCAACGACGUCCAAAUUAAGCGUACCUCCUUAAAUGUAAACUAGCCGAGUUUCUACGUAAGUUGUACUCAGCGUGUGAUGUGAUUUUGGGAAGAACAGAUCAAUACAAAAAAAAAAGGGGGGGGGGAUAUUGUAAUCUUUUCAGUUUUUAGCCAACAAAACGUUCAGGACACAAUGGCAGGCGAUCGAUAUGGCUUCCGCACCUUCUGAUAGGAUUGGUACGAAUCACGCCAUUUCGGAAACUCAUUAUUCUGGUUUCCUUAAAUAGGAUAUCUGAAAAUUAAUAGAUCGAGGGAUUUUUGUUAAAGGGAUUUGUUGGUUGCCCAGGGAAAAUGACGUAAUCAACUAAACUUAAUCACAUGGUAUGAUAAAAACAGUAUUGCAAUAAAAUCAUAAACAUGCACCUGUAUGUAACGUGUGUACGAUGCUAUUUGUAUUAUUUUUAAAAAUCAAUUAUUAAAAAGAUAUAUCUUAUUUAAACGACGAAUCGGUAGUGUUUUUACUUGUGGUUAAUACAUAAUUCGUCAAAACAUAAAAAUUAAAAAAAAAUCUUCUGUGAUUCAUAGCUUCGUUAAACAUGAAAAAGUGAGAUCCGCCAUAUCAAUGGUAAUGCACUGAAUUCCCCGCAAAGGUCAGACUGAGGUCGGAAUGUAAACAGCCACAUGUCUGAGCCAUUACUGUACAAUACGGCUAUAAUCUCCAUGUGUGUAGUAAUGUGAAACCCCCUCUCACGGGAAAAAACGAGCGAGGAGUUUGACCUCUUCAGCCACUCAUAAAACGGUGUGUUUAAAAAAAAUGAGGGGGGGAGGAUGUGUGUGUGUAAUAAAAUCAGCUGUAACAAAUGUUCGUUGAAUACCGUGAGUCGAGUAACCGUUUACACAAUUAAUAUCACGUUAUAUAUAAGUUAAUGCGAACCUAGAGCUCCACACACUCAUCAUGUGACGUAAUAAUCAUAUCGUCCUUAGAGAUUCUGAAGAUAAUCGGAUGUCUUUCAUCUCACGUUGGAAACCACACAAAGAAAGUCUUCAAACGUUUAUAAGGAGCCGACUGGCUCCGGAAGGGGAUUAUAUCUCAGCUAAUGACUGUAUUAACGCAACACAUGCUUCGACGUGCAAAUUAUGGGGGAGCGUGUCCUUCAACAUAGUGCAGAAGAGGCGCGCGAGGGGAUCGAAGAGAUGAGUGAAGGGGGGUAAUUAUGGAGAUGAUUAUAGAAUUGAUUUCCAGCAGUGCAUGAGCUAUAUGUCUCCAAAAUAUAACAUGUCAAAUAACAUUUCUAACGGCAAUGUACCCCCCCCCCCCCCCCCCCAAACACAACACUCAAACAAACCAACUGGCUUUUUCGUAUAUAAUCUUUAAAUUCAAAGGGUGUAAAGUUGACCUUUCUCCUGGAAUGUGAAGUUCUACCUUGGAUAUUUUAAGACAGCGUGGUCUGAGUUGCUGUCUGCCUCUUAACUUGAAACUUUCCUUGAAGAGUCUGUAUGACAGAUCGAGGGAUAACCCCACUGUAAUUAAGGUCAAAAAGUUCAAGGUAACAUAUUGUGGUAAUUGGUUUCUUACAAUGUAAGCGAAGUCGCAAAAUAUUAUUGAGUUUUAGCAAUGAAAUUUAACUGGAGCGUCUCUGCGACUACAUAUUAACCAUUAUUGAUUUUUAGUCAAAAGGGUAAAGUCACGGGUUCAUACGCAUUUUAUGAAGUAAUUUGCAUACGAUAUUCUAAAUCUUGAAGGUCUCUCUUUUAGCUGCUAUCUGUAGCCUUCUCCGACUUUGAACUUUUUAAUAAUUUGGGGGAAAUAUCGGAAUGGUAGCAAUCGAGUACAGGUAAAUUAUUGAAGUAAGGUCUCAAUCAUAAAAUGAUGUUUCAUACAAAGGUCAAGGUCGGGUAAUAAAUUGUAUAUGGGUAAUAUUGCUGAUAUUGCGAUUUAGUACUGGAAGUCCGCAAGUUAAGUCUUUAUGAAAUACCCCCCCCCCCCUUUUUAAAAUCAGAGUUCAUAUGAAUAUACACCAACUGCACUGGUCAGUGUUACUGUAAUGUUACCUACACUAAUCAGUGGCGGAUUUAGAGGGGCCAGGGGCGCGUUCUAUCACCCCUUUCUUGCCACAGAUUUACAAGGCAUUACUAGCACUAGCAUAUAUGAAUGAGAACUCCAGAUUUGACACCCAUGAUCGCUGAGUAUUUUGGCUAAUACUUUACUUUUACAUGCCUCCCUUCUUUCGAAAACCCUGGAUCCGUCACUGCUGAUCAGCCUUACUGUAAUGUUUCACUGAUCAGCUUUAAGGAGGUAUUGUAUAUCGUCAUAAUGGUUGACAUCCUUUUAAAACAUGGAUGAAAAUAUAAAUAUCAGCAAUAUUUGCCUUUUCAUCUCAAAAAUCAUCGCCUAGCUGAGUAGCUCAGUAAGUUAGCACGUCGAACUGAAGAUCACGGGUUCGAGUACAACAGAGGAUUCAAAUUUUGUUCAGGUUUUUUUUUUUUUUUUUUUUUUUUUACUAAAACUGCAUUUUUUGAUUAAAUAAAGUAAAUUUGAUAGUUUUCAAUUUCAAAAUAUUGUUGUACACAGUGACGGAUUUAAGGGGGGCAGCCCCUAAAAUUUUCAAAUUUAAGGUAAAUCGUGGUAUCUUGUUUAGAAAAAUGUACUAAACGAUAAAAGAAGCAAUAAUUUCUUCCAUUCCCGGAGAAAUAAAUGACAAAAUCCUUUGAUUUCUUGAAUUACUUUAUUGGGAGAACUAUUUUUUUCCAAAACCCUUAAAAUGUGCGUCAUUUUACUAUUUCACCUUAUUAAAAUGACAGAAAAUAGUACAAAUUACUUAAAUAGAAGACAUAUUUCAAGCCCUAUAAAAUCUAUAAAAUCCAGGAGCUUCCGGGGACCCCCUCAAGGCGACCCCCAGACCCCCUACCUCAUAAAGUGCCCCCCCCCCCCCCGUAACCGCAAUUUCUGAAUCCGCCCCAGGUACAUCUCCACUUUUCAUCCAUUACAUCUGGUGUAGCAUACAUAUGUACCUCCUUAAAUACUGUAAUGUUGUGAUUAGUUGUCACACUAUGUUUUUGGUGUUGGUCAGACGUUGAGACCUAUAAAUUGCAGCUGAACAGAGAGUGCAUGAACACGAUCGUAACCCUAUUUAAUUUUCUCCUGCUGCUAACUUUGAAAAUAAAAUCCACAAAAAUAUUCAUUUUCAAUCCGCUCUACCCCUUUGAUGAUAUAAUGGAUAAAUUGCCGAUGGGCAUUUUUUCCCUUCUUUUAAAAGUUGGUUCAGUAAUUUUCUACAAUUAAAUUGUUGUUAACGUCUAAAUUUUUGUCUAGUUUUCAGUAGUAUAGGUUAAUUGAUUAAAGUAAAUGUCCAUGGCCGUGCACAUUUAAAGUUGUUUAUUUAAAACUGAGAGAGAGAAAAAAGAGAGAGAGAGAGGAGAGAGAGAGAGAACAGCAGGCGUUCAAGGCCUUCUGUUAACUUCCGGUGUACUCAGUGCUAAGCCACUAGCUAGCCAUUGUGUUAUUUAUGUGUGUGUAGAUCGCCCACUGCCACUCACCAGAUUUAUAGACAAACAACACGCCUCAUGGAUUUACAUACAGGUCUGUGUGUAUAUAUUUUAUUGCGAAAUCACGUCAUUCCUACCCAAGUUUAUUUACCAGAUUGAUUUAGUAUAAGCUGUUGAAGAUGCGCAUGUGAGAGUGUUUAAGAAAAAUUAUUAUAAGAUCUUAGGACGGAUUAACUGGGGAGAGGAAGCUAGCUGUUUGAUUAAGCCGUCUUCAAAAAUCGGUAAUUUUGUCUCUUCGACCAAUAGUGAUACCUUGCAGAGAAUGAGAAAAAAGAAGAAACAUCCAGUAUUAUGGUAGAUGGACCGACGUCACAAUUAAGUCUGUGUGUUAGAUCAUGGCUGGGGCGGAUCAAAGUGAGGAGGACGGUGCUCAUCUUCUCUUCCUGUGUCAUUCUAUUCAUGUACAUGACGUUUUCAUUUUUCCGUAUGUUAAAUCACGACGGACUUAAUACGUACUCCUUCAAGUCUGGUUACAACGGGCACCUGUCCAAGAUUCACCUGCUGAACGCCAACGGAUUUUAUGAGAAUCCUGUUAAUUUCACCUCACUGAACGGGACUGUAUGGAACCAAACAGAUUUUAGGGAAAUUUGGAGUCACCCCCAACUAGACAUUUUACAUUAUGAGAAAAUACAAUUUCUUCCCAACUUCAAGAAUCCAUGUUGGUAUGAAGAUCUUCGAGAACCGAACGUAUACCAAUUCAACAAAUACACGGUCAUCUCUCGAAACAUUCGGACGACCAUGGCAGAACUGAUCGGGGAGUGGGCAAACCGCAUCGCCAAAGAGAGACCCGCACGACGCUUGCGCUGUUUGCCCUACUUCCUGAUUGUAGGGCAACCUAAAUGUGGCACCACAGACAUCUAUCGGAAGAUCGUCAAACAUCCUGACGUCAUCAAUCCGCCAAUCAAAGAGCUUCAUUGGUGGUCCCGAAAUCGACAGGGUCGUCGGUUGAACUACACCGAUAUUAUUCCACUUUCGGACUACAUCGAUAUGUUCGACAUGGCAGCCUUUCACAUCGAAAGACGAUACUCACAUGACCAAGAAAGCCAGAACCCGGAUGUUGUAUAUCAUCACACAAUAACAGGGGAAGCCAGUGCAUCCAUACUUUGGGAGAACGAUGACUGGUUUCACUUUAGAGAAAACAGCGGGUACACAGAACCCAAGUACACUAGCGCUGAUUACAUACGUCACGUCAUCCCGAGCGCCAAAAUUAUCAUCUGUGUUAGGAAUCCGACAGACAGGCUGUAUUCUGACUACCUUUAUUUUACCAAAACCAACAAAUCAUCAGAAGACUUUCAUCAGGCGGUAUCACAUGCGGUAGAGGUUUACAAAAACUGUACAAAACAGCACUCUGUCAGAUACUGUGUGUACAAUAGGACAAUCGCCUACCUGUCUAAGGUUCGCUUACGACUUGGGAUGUAUUCGGUGUUUAUCAAGGAUUGGUUUAGUGUGUUUCCCCGGGACCAGAUCCUGAUUGUCUCCCUUGAGGACUACGCCAAACGCACAAGAAAGAGUCUUAAUGGCAUUUUUAAAUUCUUGGAUAUGAGGACCCUUGACGGGGAGAGCAUGCGGUCAAUAGCGAAACUGAAAGUAGCCAACAAGCGGAAGAAGGCGGAUCGGACUGUUGGUGCCAUGUUGAACGAAACCAGGCGGCUGCUUAACGACUUUUAUGAACCAUAUAACCAGGAAUUGGCAGAUAUCUUGGAUGAUGACAAGUUUUUAUGGGAACCAGAGGAAAAUGAUUAUAACAGUUUGGAAGACAAGUGAAUCUUGAACCCGAAGUUAUAUUAUAACGUUUCAUUUUGUGAUAUUUGAUAUUUUAAGUGUAUGAGACGUGAUUGAUGCAUGUUGAUUGGUGUCUGAGUUUGCAAGUAUAUGUUCUUCUCUGUUAUGGAGUGUUAAAAACACUAAAUUAGAGUUAGGGGCACCACACGACGCGAUAACAUUCAGAGAAGUUGUAUCACAUCCCCAUCAUUCUUCGCGUUCGGACAUUGCUAGUCAUAACCCGAUAUAAAAAAAAUAAAUAACCACCUGUAUAUAAUUUAUAAUUAUAAACAAAUGCUAGGAUGAUGAUUACUUCUUUUGUGAAGUGGAAAACAAAACACUUCAAACAUUUCCUCCGUGUAACCUUCAACAACAAAAUUGAUGCGCAAUCAUUUUCAUGUAAAUGGAAAGGGAGGUAAUUACGUUUGUGUUGUGUUCAUGCUUACUUGUGACUGUAGUCGUCGAUGGUGCAACGGACACCUUAAUCCUUACUAAGUUAUAAUUGUUCCAUGUUUGGCAGUCGUCAAAAAUCGUUCAAAAUAUGAAUUAAUUUUGCGUACAAGUUGGUCACUAAUCCUGUCCAUUUUAAAACAUUUUACAGACGACGUGUGUUGAAAAUUUGAGGAUUUCCUCCGGUGUGGAGGUAUUUGAUUUCAUACAGUAUAAAAUUCAAAAUAAAUCUGAGAUGUUUCUUUUAGAUAACACGGUCACAUUCUGGUGCUAAUUAAUUAUCUCUGGUCACUGAUAUAUUAAGGCUGCUUUUUUCCAUCUUGGGGAUAGAGUUUUGAAAGGAAAAGAUCUUCAGUAAUAUCCGUAAAUGUUUGUUUAAAAGAUCUUCAGUAAUAUCCGUAAAUGUUUGUUUAAAGUCUGUUUUGAUUUUUUUUUAAAUGUUCUCUUCAAAUACCACCGUUGACCUGUUUCACAACGAAAUCCACCACCUGACGCUGUCGGCAAUAGUAUCAUUCUUUCUGUGCAUGCAAGUGAUAAUCAUAUUUAUUAUCUUUUUUAAAAUUUGUUCAUUUCUCAAAAUGAGAAGUAUUUACUUAUACACUGUGUGUAUAUUUUGUAUUCAUAUACAAUGUAUAUAUCGUUAAACAAUAUGUGUUACAUAAUCUUAAUAUACACCUGAUGUUCGUCAGGAUUGGGACAAUCCCGUUAACUUUUCAUACUUUCGGAAAUUCUCAGGUAUAUACACGCUUCAGAAGUCCUCAACUCUUGGGUAUAUAUACACGCGGGAUAAAAAAAAAAUCCAGUAUAUCCUGAAGUUUUAAUAUAUUCUGUGCUUUUAAAAGUUAUGUAACAUAUUGGGUCCAAGAAACGAAACAAACACAAGUAUGUGAUUUUAUUGAGUAUAAGAUAAUGGUAAAAGUAAAGAAGCAUACAGAAAGAGCAAUCUAAGAGUUCUAUACUAGCAGUCUGUUCAGAUUUUCUCUUUUACAUUCUGGGAUAAAUCUGGCAAGAAUCAAGUUGCAGGAAUGAUAAUUUGUCUCCAAGAAAUUGAUUUUCUUUCGGAGGAAAAAACAAUCCUGUAUGAAAAAUCUUACAGAAAAAAAAAAAAAAUGGAAAAAUCCUCCGAAGAUUUGUUUAAAAUCCUUAGAAAACUUAUUUUCCCCGUUAAAAAAAUUGUAAAAUUCGGAUAGUGAUUUAAUAAUUCCCGGGAUAUUUUGUUAGCUUUCUUUAAAUAUCUUACCCGCCAGAUGAGUGUUUUCUGUGACAAAGGAAAGUUCCCGAUUUGCUACUUGGGAUUCGGGGGAAUGGUCCGCGAACGUACAUGUAUUAGGCCUAUAGGCGAACUAUAUAUAUGAUGCAGAUAUCUUUAUAUGGGCAACUUUGAUUCAACCAAACAGCAAGAUCACAACUGAAUUAUCCAAUGCAGUAUUGCAGAUACGGGAUACUCUGAAUAAUUUGUUUCUAGACUGUGUUAUGAAUUGACAAAUCACCAUAAGAUAUUAUCUUGUAUAUAUGUGUACUUACAAUUGCUUUUUUCUAACUUGUGUAAAGAAUUUUCGUAGCGAGUGCUUUGUUUAAACCGCAUAGUCAUUUUUGUGAACCGUGUUGACAAAACAAUGCUCUUUAACAUAUAUUUUUGAUAUUAAGUAUUCAAAACUAAACUUGUUUUACAUUUAAUUUAAUAUUCAAUAUUUCCAUGUUGCAGAUAUCCCAAACCUUGUGAAACUGAGAAAUAGAUGCAAUAAAUUUCUUACACUAAA